AUUUUCCGCCACGUCACCUGUCCGCGUGAACCCGCGUUUCAGUGGCUCAGAUCGCUGGUUGCAGAGCUACUGCUAGAGCGAACCAAGCAGCUCCUCUCUCGUCCCUCCCUCCCUCUAUCUCACUCCCUCUCCCAAAUCCAAUCCCAAUUCGUUUCCUUGAGAACAGAAAGGGGAGAUUUUCUCUGCAAAUUUGUGUGAGCUUGGAGAGGAUGAAGGCUAUGGAGGAAGUUGUGGAGGAAAACGAGGUUAAGCCUUUGACCGCCGAGCAAUUGGAGCUCUACGAGUCGCAGUCCCAGUCUGAGUCCGAGUCCGAGUCCGACGACAGCGUAGACGAAGAGGAGGAGGACGCCGACGAGGAUGAGGACGACGACGACGACGACGAUGCGGAUGACGACGAAGAGGACGACGAUGACGAAGAAGAGGACGACGACGACGAUGUUCAGGAGGUCGUACAGUCGUCUGGUGGCCCUCCGAUUCACUCGGUAGACGACGAAGACGAUGAGGACGAGGACGACGAAGGCGGUGAAGGCGGUGACGACGAUGACGAUGGCGAGGGAGAUGACGACGACGACGAUGAUGAGGGCGAGCCUGAUGAAGAGGAUGAGCUAGGAACUGAGUACCUCGUCCGCCCGGUAGGUCGUGCUGAGGAUGAGGAAGAUGCGAGUGAUUUUGAGCCUGAAGAGAAUGGAGACGAUGAAGAUGUUGAAGAUGGAGACGAGGGCGAUGAUGCUGGUGGGAAGGUGGAGGCUCCCCCAAAGAGAAAGAGAUCGGACAAAGAUGACUCAGACGAUGACGACGAUGAUGGAGGAGAGGAUGACGAGAGACCCUCCAAACGAUAGGGGUUAGAGUACCGACCAUUAACACAUAGGUCAUUCGCUCUCUCAUAAACUCAUCGUCCCGUUUGUAGAAAGAAGGAUAGGAUGAUUUCGGAAUUCUGUGGCGCUGUUGUUCUUGCUGUAGUAGUAUGAAGGUGGAGUAAAUUUCGUAGGUUUACAAGAAGCUUGUCAUAUCUUGUUAAUGCUUAGUUGAUGUCAGUCAGUCAAUGUGUUGAGGAACUUGAAAGAGGUUGGUUUUAGAGAAGUUAAUGUAAGUUUUAAGGAACUUGAUUAAGCUUGUAGCCUUUUCAGUAUUCUCCUUUUGUUAUCUGGUAGGGUUGGUUGCAGGAUUACUAGGGUAGGACCCUUUGAACAAUUCAAUUUUGGUUGGUUGAAAACUCGGAAGUUUGGUAAAUCAACAUCCGAUGAUGAUUGAUUCUAUUUUUAUAUAAUGGUGGAAUGGAAUGAGAUACUUUCUUGGG